CCCAAGUGAGCGCCGUUUCCAGAGCCUUGUCGCUAAUCCACUUGACUUCAUCAUCACCAUCCAUCAUGCACGCCAUCUCGCCUCAUCUUACAGAAACAGGAUAAUUUGUACUAAAAAUAUGCGCUCUAGACCAAAAGCCGUCGAGACAGGAUAUGUUUCUAAAGAAAGUGCCAAGAAGUACAAAUGCCCAUGUGGGAGCAGCAUGACGCGCAGCGACGCAUUAUUGCGUCAUAUCCGGAUAUGCUCGCAGGCAGAAGAGUUGAUGAAGACACGACCUCCAACAACGAGGCAGCGAACAAAGUCCGCCUGUGACAGAUGCGCCAUCUCAAGACACAAAUGCGAUAAAGGGAAUCCGUGCUUAAACUGUAGAAAGAGAUCCAUGGCGUGUUCCUACACUCGCGACGGCUACGAAGAUGCCUACCAAGCCUUUCGUCAACACGACAGCCCCGGAAAAGACGACUCAUCUCUACCAAUGUCACAGCUCCAGGAGGAUAUUAGCACAGCCACAGCCGAUAUCGAUCUGCUUCCCACCACAAGCGGGAGCAUCUUCGACACUAUCGACUGGGAUGCACUCAUCUCUUUCCCCGUUCUUGAUGGCCAGACGCUUCCGCCAGACCCCAUAGCCACUCAAACAGGCCAUGCCCCAAUAACAGAAACCAACGAGCCUGACACAAGUCGUUUUCACCACAUGAAUGAUGCGCCAUCUACAAAAUGUGUUGAGAUAGAAACAUAUAUUGCAAGCUUCCAUAGCGGCGUCGACCAAUCCGCAUUGAUCGAGCUCAUCACGCAAGAGACCCUCAACAGCUGCAUGACUGCGUACUUUGACCACUUUGAAUCUAUUCAAGCACUUAUACACCGGCCAACGUUCAAUAUUACCACUACACCACCACAACUUCUCACAGCGAUGAUGCUAGUAGGUGCAUGCUAUGCGCAUAAUGCUAUCCCUCCCGAAGCCAUCAUCCAAGGAGCAAUCCACGUCUUACUCUUGCUCCAGCACUCUGCACAUGAACGAGCAAUGACAAAACCCCCGCUGGCAUCUAUUCAAGCCAACAGCUUACUAUGUCAGAUUUUGCUUCUUACAAAAAGUCCCCAGGCGUACUCCUUCGCCAUGGUACAUCGAGCCCGCACUCUUUCUAUGGCAGAUAGAGCAGGUCUUUUUCAAAUUACCAAAGACGCUAAUUAUUACGAAUUUGAUAUCACAUCCUUUGACUGGCCAAGCUGGGCUGCCCGAGAGAUGCGCAAAAGGCUAUCCCACUACAUCUUCAUCGACAGCAUUGGCAAUAGCAUCUUUGCUAGAGCGGCAACUCAUGUCUCACCGUUCAACUACCCACUAUCCAGCCCCUGCUACAACGACUGCUGGACAGCAGGCACGGCCUCUGAAUGCUUACACUUUUUACAAGCGCGGCCGCAGAGCAUUAGCCUGACCACAUCAUUGAAGAUGCUUCGUUUAGCACCUCCGUCUAGUGCAUGGCUGUUUGAAGCCUCAGACGGAGGCAUGCUGCAGUCCAUCAUGGCUAUUCAUUCCAUGCUCGUCCGAACACUAGAACAGGAACUUGAAUCGGACAGCAUCAUCCCUGAAGCAGUUACAGCACCAAUGAUUUCCAAUCUUUUGCGCCAAAAUUUCCCGGGGGAGCAUGUCGCCAGUUCCGUAGACAAAUUCGUCUCGCAAUACGCAUCGAUGGCUAUUAUGCAAAUCAAUGCAACACUCGGUGCUUGGAGACGGAAUUGGGAUUCAAGAAAACAACUGGACUAUCAAAACGAUAUCCAGCGUGGAUUUGUACAUCCUCUUAACUUUUGGUACCUUGCAAAGCUAUUCAUAUUGCUCCAUCUAAGGCGCAGUCACCCUCCGGAAGAUGAAGGCAUGGCUUUGUUCUACCAGACUGAGGUCUCUCUGCAGAAUAAGCUCCAAACACAGGUACAGGUAAUUGCCUGGAUGGGGCGAUUACGGCAACUUGACGACAAGAAUCUCGCCUCAGCUGGUAGUUUCUUGUCUCAAGUGCUUAAUAGUUAAAACCAUCUAGUCACCGUCACUCGGCCUUGUGGAGUACAAUGGCUUACUAGGCAACAAUUGAUGCCUUUCCUGUCCGGGUAUAUUUUUCAUUCAUACCUAUUUAUCUAAUUGGCCGUCUCAAAACCAAAUAUGCAAAACAAUGUCGUUAUAUAGCAACACCUUGUUCACUGAGAUCCAUGUGCUACUGGCGCUGGCUGCUUCUGCAGUCCCAUAAUACAAGACCGGAGUAAAAGCGCGCAUGCUGAUGAAUGUCCCUGUAUCCCUAUUCCAUAUUGUACAGUAAUUUUGAUUGUGUGGCUUCAGCCAUUACUUGUGGCGACCCGAGGUGGAAACAUCCACCGUUCGGACGACCAUUAUAUUCUCCUUGCCGUUACUGCCAUCUCGGCUACUUGACGGGCUGUGGUUAGAGCGCUGAUCUUCAGCACUAUGAGAGCUGACUGUUGUUUGGUGGUGAUGUCCAUGGCAUCUCCCCUGUAUUACCAGCUCAAUCUCACUACCCCUCUCAGAGUGUACCAGUGUACUCUCGCCGUUGAGAGCAUCAACUGCGUGCUCCUGUUCGUCCAAUUUGUCCCACUGUGUGCCUCCAACAGUAUUGAGGAUGGUUUCAUCUCGACCUCGCGGUCUCCUCUUGCGUUCACUGCCAAUGGUGACGAUAUAUGGUGGCGUAUCGUGACUGGAACUUUGCGUUUUGCCCAACGCUAGGCGAAGAAGAGGAUAGCAGAGCGGCAGGUUACCAACAAACAUGGCUACGCCCAUCUCGGCGAUAUACCAGUACAAGAAGA